AUGAUCUGGGACCAUAUAGUACGGAUGCUAGACAAAGUUAAUCAACCCAUAACUACAGAAUUAUCACCCGGAAACUGCGAGGCCUUUGUAUCUCGGUUUUUUGAGGUGUUAGGUACCAUCACCUCAUUUACUGCUGUUCGACCUCUUAUCGAAGACGCUGUGCCUUCCAAAUUGGCUUAUCAAAUUGUAGCACUCUUGAAAAGUGAGGAUGAAGAAGUACAAGAACGUGUCAUACGCAUAUGUUGUGAAAUGUUACGUCAAAUUGGUUCGAUGAUGUUGAAAAUUGCGGAGGAAGAAGCGCCGCGUACUGGUCUCAAUCGCACGGCUUUCAUUGUUAUAACUCAAGCAGUUGUCUCAAAG